AUGUUAGCUAACGGUGAAGUAAACAGAUACUUAACUCAACCAAGUGAUGAAGUUCCAUAUUUUUAUCCUAAAAACAAAAUCCCACUUGGUAUAGCAUAUAAAAAUGAUCCAAAUAAACAAAUCCCAGGAUUAUUUAAUCCAUUAACUAUUAAAAAUCUAAAAUUGAAUAAUAGAAUUGGUGUUUCUCCAAUGUGUACUUAUUCUAGUGCACAUGAUGGUCCUGACUUAGGUAAAGUAACUCCAUUCCAUUUAGUUCAUUAUGGUGCAUUUGCCCUGCAAGGUACAGGUUUAAUCAUGAUUGAAGCAACUUCUGUUGAUCCAAAUGGUAGAACUUCUCCAGAAGAUUUAGGAAUCUGGUCUGAUGAACAUGCAUUAGCAUUAAAACCUAUUGUUGAAUUUGCUCAUGCUCAAGGUGUUAAGAUUGGGAUUCAAAUUGGUCAUGCUGGUAGAAAAUCAUCAGGUACUGCAAUGUAUAAUGCUUUACAAAAAGGUGUUGGUAAAACAGAAUUUGGUUGGAGUGAUGUUCCUGGUGCUGUUGUUGCUCCAAGUCCAAUCUCAUAUAGUGAAGAUUCUUAUGUUACACCAACUGAAUUAUCAGGGGAUCAAAUUCAAGAAUUGAUUAAAAAUUUCCGUGAUGCUGCAAAAAGAGCUAGAGAUAUAUCUGGAUUUGAUUUUGUUGAAAUUCAUGCUGCACAUGGUUAUUUAUUAAAUUCAUUUUUAUCUGGAGCUUCCAAUAAAAGAACUGAUCAAUAUGGUGGCUCAUUUGAAAAUAGAAUUAGAUUAUUAUUAAAAAUUAUUGAUGUUGUUAAAGAUGAUCAUCAACCAUUAUUUGUUCGUGUUUCAGGAUCAGAAUUAGCUCCACAAAUUGAAGGUUCAUGGGACAUAGAAGAUACUAUUAAAUUAUCUGAUUAUUUAAUUGAACAUGGAGUUGAUGUCUUAGAUGUUUCAUCAGGUGGUAAUAAUUCUCAAGCACAAAGAAGAAAAGCUUAUCAAGGUUUCCAAGUCCCAUUAGCUAAAGCUGUUAAGGAACAUGUUGGUGAUAAACUUUUAGUUGCUACUGUUGGUAAGAUUGAAGAAGCUAAAUUCGCUAAUGAAAUUAUUGAAAAUGGUGAUGCUGAUAUAGUAUUAGUUGGUAAAGCUUUUUUACAAAAUCCUUCUCUUGUUUGGAAAUGGGCUAAUGAUUUAUUUGUUAGGAUUAAACAUACUAAUCAAUAUGAAUGGCCAUAUUAUUAUCCACCUUUUAAAUAG